CCUUCUCCACAGAACCGAAUCCCAAUCCCCCAUCAAAACCGUCGUCAUCCUCGUCCUCGAAAACCGCUCCUUCGACCACAUGCUCGGCUACCUCAAGCAAUCCCUCAACCCUUCCAUCAACGGCCUCACCGGCGCCGAAUGCAAUCCCCUCUCCGCCUCCUCCUCCUCCAUCUGCGUCUCCGACGACGCCGGAUUCGUGGAAUCCGACCCCGGCCACUCCUUCCAGGCCGUCGUCCAACAGAUAUUCGGCUCCUCCGCCAUUCCUUCCAUGUCAGGCUUCGCUCAACAAGCGUCAACGGUCUCCUCCUCCCUCCCUCUCACCGUCAUGCAGUGCUUUGAUCCCCAAACCCUCCCCGUCUUCUCCACUCUCGUCGACGAUUUCGCCGUCUUCGACCGUUGGUUCUCGUCCAUACCCGGCCCGACCCAACCCAACCGCCUGUUCCUCUACUCCGCCACAUCCCACGGCGCCACCACCCACGACCCGCUGGAGCUCCUCACCGGCUACCCCCAGAAGACGAUCUUCGAUUCCCUCCACGAAAACCUCCAUGACUUCGCUGUGUACUUCUCCACUCUCCCGACCACGCUGUUCUACGCAAGAAUGAGAAAGCUCGAAUACGCGAGCAAGUUCCACUGGUUCUCCGCGUUCGGAGCGCACGCGAAGGCGGGGAAAUUGGCUAAGCUGAGCGUGAUAGAGCCGCGGUAUUUCGACUUGGUGGGCGCGGAGGCGAACGAUGAUCAUCCGGCUCAUGAUGUGGGGAACGGGCAGAGGUUGGUGAAGGAAGUGUAUGAGAUGUUGAGGGGGAGUCCGCAGUGGAACGAGAGUUUGUUGAUCGUCAGCUACGAUGAGCACGGGGGGUUUUAUGAUCAUGUGGAGACGCCGUAUGUGGGGGUGCCGAAUCCGGAUGGAAUGAGAGGGCCGGCGCCGUUUCUCUUUGAUUUUGAUCGGUUGGGAGUUAGGGUUCCGACCAUAAUGGUUUCGCCGUGGAUCAAGAAAGGAACAGUGGUCAGCAGACCAAAUGGGCCGACCGCGAAUUCUGAAUACGAACACUCAUCGAUACCGGCGACAUUGAAGAAGAUAUUCGGCUUGAAAUCGGAAUUCCUGACGAAGAGAGAUGCUUGGGCAGGGACAUUCGAGCACAUUUUUGAGGAGCUCAGCUCGCCAAGAACCGAUUGCCCAGAAAUCCUUCCCAGUCCAUUUCCUACAAGAAGCAGUACUGAAAUCAAAGAAGAUAGCUUUCUAUCAGAGUUUCAGGCCGAGUUAGUCGACUUAGCUUCGGUCCUCAAUGGUGACUCCAUUUUUAAUCUGCACAGAGAAACAGACAAGAAGAUGACAGUAAAAGAAGCAGAUGCUUAUGUGAAAUCUGCAAUAAAAAACUACUUGAAAGCAAGUAAAGAGGCUAUCCAUUGAAGGUACAGUGGUGAAAAUUCUAUUAUAGAUCUGCGUUUCUGCUUCCUUCUCUACCAACACAAAGAAAACACCAUAAAUCCCUUAUGUUUUAGCAAAUGAGUCGAGUGGAGUCGAGUCGA